AUGGCACCCAGCACAUCCAAGCGGAGUGCGCCCAAGGACGACGAUUUCGUCCUCACGCUGUCCGACGAUGAAGAUAUUCCCCGAUUCGACGACGAAGAUAAUGAGAUUGCCGAUGAAGCGCCAGCUGUCGACUCGAAAAAGCGCAAGCGCGAGGCCGAAACUUCCAAGGACAAGAACAAGAAGCAAAAGCAACAAGCCAAGAAUGUGAAGGGCAAGAAGGGCAAGGCCCAGCCUGUGGUUGAGGAGGAUGACGAAGAAGAGGAGGAUGAAGAGAAGGAGGAUAUCCUGGGCGCUGAUGAUGAUGCUUUGAACCCCGAUUUCGAGUUCGACGUUGGUGGUGUGGCCAAUCGCGGUGUCACGGAGGGCUUCGACGGCUGGGGCUUGGAGGAUUCCAAGCAGAACGGCGGUGGUGACAAGAAGGCCGUGGAUAUUGACGACAUCAUCUCUCGGAGAAGGGAAAAGAAAGAGGCUGCAGCUAAGAAGAAGCAGAAGAAGCAAGCGCAAGAGGAGGAGAGUGCUCAAGACUCCGAUGAAGAGGAUCCCGAGGCUGAUGGCGGCAUGGAGGUGGACUUUGGGGACGACGAACUCAUCGCCGAAGAUGCUUUCGGUAUGGGCGCUGACGGUGAGGAUGAGAGCGAGGCCGAGGGCCCCGAAGUUGGCUCUGGGCCCGAGGACAGCGAGGAUGAAGACGAGCAAGACGACGACGAUGACGAUGCUGCAUCCGACAACGACUCCGUUGCUACUCCCGUUGGCCACCCCGACGAUAUCGGUUCUGACCAAGAAUCCGACGUUGAGAGCCAGGUGGAUGAAGAGGAGGCCGAGAAGCGCAAAGCCUUCUUCGCUCCUGAAGAGAAGGGCGACGACAAGGCCGCCAUGGGGAACAGCACAUUCCAGGACUUCAAUCUCUCUCGUCCUAUUCUGCGAGGACUGGCCUCGGUUGGAUUCACCGACCCUACGCCCAUUCAGCGCAAGGCUAUCCCGGUUGCUCUUCUUGGCAAAGAUAUCGUCGGUAGUGCCGUUACUGGUUCCGGAAAGACUGGUGCUUUCAUCGUGCCCAUUCUAGAGCGUCUUCUUUUCCGUCCCCGCAAGACACCUACUAGCCGCGUCGCCAUUCUGAUGCCCACUCGUGAGUUGGCGGUGCAGUGUUACAAUGUCGCCGUCAAGCUGGCUACCUUUACCGACAUCACUUUCUGUCAGCUUGUCGGUGGUUUCAGUCUUCGCGAGCAAGAGAAUGUGCUCAAGAAGCGACCCGACGUGAUUAUCGCCACGCCCGGUCGUUUCAUUGACCACAUGCGCAACUCGCCCAGCUUCACGGUGGAUACCCUGGAAAUUCUGGUUCUUGACGAAGCCGAUCGUAUGCUGGAGGAUGGUUUCGCCGAUGAAUUGAACGAGAUUUUGACUACGAUUCCCAAGUCCCGCCAGACCAUGCUCUUCUCUGCUACGAUGACCGAUACCGUUGAUAAGCUGGUUCGCGUUGGUUUGAAUCGCCCCGUCCGUCUCAUGGUGGACUCGAAGAAAAAGACUGCCGUCACGCUGACCCAGGAGUUUGUUCGUCUACGCCCCGGUCGCGAGGAUAAGCGUCUGGGAUACCUGCUGUAUCUGUGCAAGGAGAUCUACACUGGACGAGUGAUUAUUUUCUUCCGGCAAAAGAAGGAAGCGCACCGUGUCCGCGUCAUUUUCGGACUGUUGGGGUUGAAGGCUGCAGAGCUGCACGGUAGUCUGAGCCAGGAACAGCGUAUCAAAUCCGUCGAGAACUUCCGUGACGGCAAGGUCGCGUUCCUCCUCGCUACUGACGUCGCCUCCCGUGGUCUGGAUAUCAAGGGUGUGGAGACCGUUAUCAACUACGAAGCCCCUCAGAGCCACGAGAUUUACCUGCAUCGUGUCGGUCGUACCGCCCGUGCUGGUCGGUCUGGUUGUGCCUGCACGAUCGCCGCCGAGCCCGACCGCAAGGUUGUCAAGCUGGCCGUGAGGGCCGGGAAGGCCCAGGGUGCCAAGAUCGUCAGCCGAGUGGUCGAGAUGGCCAUUGCGGACGCGUGGGCGCAAAAGGCCGACGAUCUGGCCGACGAGGUGCAAGAAGUCCUACAAGAAGAGAAGACCGAAAAACAAUUUGCACAGGCCGAGAUGCAGGUCAACAAGGGCGAGAAUCUGAUGAAGCAUGGCCACGAGAUUAUGAGCCGGCCGAAGCGGACGUGGUUCGAGACGGAGACGCAGAAACAGGCAGCGCGCAAGUUGGGGCGGGCGGAGUUGAACGGGCCAGAGUCCAACUCGAAGAAAGAGAAGGUCAAGUUGAGCAACAAGGAUAAGAAGCGGAUGGACGAUGCGAAGAUGAGACAUGAGGGGAAUGCUGGGUGGAAGAAGGGCAGCGCGCUUCCGCGGAAGAGCGCCUUCUCGUGUGAAGCGUGCCGCAAGCGCAAGGUUAAAUGUAACGGAGCUAGUCCGUCAUGUUCUCGAUGCGCCGCACGAGGCGAGACCUGCGUCUACAGCUUGGCUCCAACUUUAUCUUAUACAAAACAACUCGAGGCUAGAGUGGCCCAGCUUGAAGAGGCUCUGACCAAGCUGCGUGGCCAACAGGCUGACGCGGAGACACGCAAGGGGAGCUCUCCGGCAUCGGUGGCGGAAUCUAGCUCGAGCGCCGGCCGCAAACUCAAAAUCGAGAACGACGACACCCAGGAUUUAGCUAGGGAGUUCGAUGGCUUGAACGUGGAAACCGACGGUCGCAUCUCCUUCCACGGACCGACCAGUUUAUUCCAGCUUCCAAGUGGAGUGGUGAGUGAGACGACAUCGACGACUCAUGUCGCUCAGGGGUUGGAAGCUCGUAAAGAGCGACUGAUCAACAGUGCAUGGCGGGAACGAGCUUUCGAACAGAUGGCUGCAAUGCCGGAACCAUUCCAGUACUUGCUUGAUUCUCAUUGGUGUUGGAUCCAGCCGUUGUUUAACUUUGUCUAUCGCCCAGCCUUUACCCGUGAUAUGAAGAUCCAAGGCCCGUAUUACUCGGAUGUUUUGAUGAACGCCGUCCUCUCCCACUCCGUUCGUUGGUGCAAGGCCGAACCCCAGAUCGGCCCGCUUCUAGAGUCAUUCGAAGGCGGCGCCCAAUUUUAUCAGCGUGCAGUAUUGGGGAUCUUCGACUCGCUUAAAGUCGGCUAUGCUAGUGUACCAGCCAUCCAGACGCUGCUGCUCCUCAGCGCGCAAGAAUGUGGUAAAGGUAACCGAACGCAAGCGUGGCUGUAUAGCGGCAUGGCGUUCCGAGUUCUGGAUGAUCUGGGAAUUUCGAUUGAUAGUCGCAAGUAUCUCGGCGCAGCCCAGUUGAGCGACGAGGAUAUCGAGAUUCGGAACCGCCUUUUCUGGAGCUGCUAUUUCUGGGAUAAGAUUGUGUCUUUGUACUUCGGCCGGGCACCGACGAUGCAACAUUCUCGCGUCAGCCCACCCCGCAUGAUACUGGACGACACUUCUGAGAUUGAAAUAUGGACUCCCCACGGUGUCACAUUCCCUGAUGGAGCCCAUUAUCCACCAACACAGGCGCAUUCAACCUCGUGCUUCAUCCAGACGUGUGGCCUUGCCGAGAUCUUGAAUCAAAUAUUGAUCCACAUUUACGAUCCCAUGCGCCAAAGCACAGAAGGGGAGUUCUUUGACUGUGUCCAGGAACAAGCCAAGAAUUUGAGCGACUGGUGGGAUGAGCUCCCCGAUUACCUGAAGCUUGUGGCAACGGAUCUACCCUCAUAUUCCCCACCAAGCCACAUUAUGACUUUGAACUGCCUGUAUCAUACCGUCAAUAUCUUGCUUCACCGCCCGAUUCUCUGCUCUCGUGCGUUGUUGAAGACUCGACAAGAGCCAUACGAUAAGAGUCAUCUUGUUCAAUGUAUGGCCUCUGCAACUUCCAUCCUAUCUCUCUUCGAUCUGUAUCGCCGCACGUUCGGCGAUAACCAUGUCGUCCUUUCCCUUGCCUACAGCAUCUACACUGCAGCAUCCAUCUUCUUGCUGGAGAUUCAGGCCCUCAAGUAUGCAGCCCCAGGAACUCUGGACAAGCUCAAGUUCUGUAUAUUCGCACUUGAGCGUGUCAAGGGGUCCAAUCCCGUCAUCACCACCGCCCUCAGCCUUGUCUACCAAGAAGUCCAAAAGCUGCAGAUCGAUAUCCACCUCCCGAUGCCAGUCCAACUCCCGAAUACCAAUCAACAACAGCCGCCAUCUCAACCUCAACAUCCACCUCCUCACCCCACCCAACAAAGCCAAUCACCUGUCAGCAGCAAUCCCUCCCGCCACGUCUCCCCGAACAUUCCGCAUCAACACCAGCGCCAGCAAAGCCGCGCAACAAUGAGUACACAACCCAGUACAACCGGGCCAAGUGCAAGUGCCUCCAUGAUCCCCGAAUACAACACAUUCCAACAACCGGUCGCCGGAUUCGACCUGUCCCAUAUGGGCGAUAUGCCGCAGAUGCCACCAACCCAUCUACUAGGCGGCAUGCCCAAUGCAUUGAUGACGGUCGAUGACCCAAGCGCAUACGAGAUCACGCCGGAGGUAUACGAAGCGUUCUCGUACGCGCAACCGAUGUCGACGACUAUGACCUCAUCAUUUGAGGGUCGCUGGACGGGACAAACCCAGUGA